CUGGUGUGUUUAAUCAAAAAAAUAGUCGGGCUAGAAAUGAAUAAAAUUGUAUGGCUAGGAAACCUGAAUAAAUCGCUUGGCUUGGGCGGCAAAAAGGAGGCAUCUCUUUUGAGGCCAGGUGACAGGAUCUCGAUGAAUGCAGCUAGGCACAGGGUGCAGAAGCCUGGCAAGGACUCUCCACCCCCACUCCCCAAAUUGAGGAGGGGCAAGAAGUUCUACGGAUAUAGCAUUGUGCUGGGCAGCCUCGUCAGCACCGUUCUGUGGGCUGUUUUCGAGCUGGGAAAGCCCGAGGUGGACCAUCGAGGUCCCAUCGAGGAUGAGUUCAGCCAGCUGCCCUGGUUCCGUCAGUACCUGAUGAGGAUGUGGCACUCGCUGCAGUACUACCAGAAAAUGAUGGAGGAGCCGCAGAUGGUGAAGUUGCUGCCCGACGUUCUGCCCCCUCCCUACAUACAACCUCCAUAUUCACUGGUCCUGGAGAUCAAAGACAUCCUGGUGCACCCGGAUUGGACGUAUCAGACGGGGUGGCGGUUCAAGAAGCGGCCCGGCGUGGACUACUUCCUGCAGCAGUGCAGUCGGAACUUCGAGAUCGUGAUCUACACCUCGGAGCAGGGCAUGACUGCCUUUCCGCUCCUCGAUGCCCUCGAUCCCUACGGCUACAUUAGCUAUCGGCUGGUGAGGGGAGCCACCGAGUUGGUGGAGGGGCAGCACAUCAAGAACCUGGACUACCUCAACCGGGAUCUAAGCCGGGUCAUUGUGGUGGACUGCGACCCGAACUCCACGCCCCUGCAUCCGGAAAACAGCUUAGUGAUGACCAAGUGGCUGGGCAACGAUGACGACGUCCAGCUCUUCGACCUCACUGCCUUCCUGCAGUUGGUCGCCGAGCACCAGGUGUCCGAUGUGAGGGAGGUCCUGCGCUACUACCGCCAGUUCGAGGACCCCAUCGAGCAGUUCAAGGACAACCAGCGCCUGCUGCAGGAGCAGAACCAGGAGAACACCCAGGUCUCCGCCACCGGUGAACGUCAGUGGAACCUCACAUUAAUGGGGCGCUCCUUGCGGGGCUCAUAGCAUACAGCCAACAAAUAUCUUGAAAGGGCAUAGUAAAAUAAUUACUAAACUAAAAACCAAAUUCAAAUUUCAAUAUGUAUGCAAAAAUUAUUAAUUUUGUGUUAAUUUCAGGAAUUUCUUACAAUAAUAUGGUAACACCAUUUGGUAACAACAUUUUUUUUAGUUGCUGCA